GCUGCGCGCAGGCGCAGUGGCCGCUACCGCAGGCAGGGGGCGGCAACAUGGCGGAGUGAGCGGCGGCGUCGGGGCUUCACAACAACAGCGGCGCUGGUGGCAGCGGCCCGAGCUUCGGCCCCCGGCGGCGGCGGCGGCGGCGGAGGGCGGAGGACUGUGCGAGCCGAGGCUGCAUCCCCGCGGGGGGCCGGGCUUGGUGGCCGCGGACUGCGGAGAUCGGCGACGGGGAGCGCAGAGGUGAUCGGUGAGAGGAGAUCCGAGAGAGAGGCGAGCGGGCGCCGAGGCGAACGCGCGGUGCGUGAGGAGCUCUGAGGGAGACAGCAGCUGCGGCAGUCCGGGAGGAGAGCCGGGAGGCGACCUGGGAGGCGACCCUGGAGGCGAUCCCUUGAGGCGAUCCGCGAGGCGCACCGUGCGCACGGCCGCCGGGCCCGGCUGAGACGCGGACCGGAGCGGGCCCGGCGCCGCGGCGCUGGUGGAUGCUGGGGCUGCGAGGCGCCGGCCGGGGGGCGGGGGCCGCGGCGGGGAUAACGGAACCGGCGGAGGCGGCGCGGCGGCGCGGCGCGGCUCCUCAGCAGCAGCGGGGCGGAUGGCGAGCGACAAGCCGGGCCCGGGGCUCGAGGCGCAGCCCGCCGCUCUCCUGGCCGUCGGGGCCGGCGGCAGUGGAGGCGGCGGAGGAGCCAUGGGGGAGCCGCGGGGGGCGGCCGGCUCCGGCUCCGGCUCCGGCCCGGUGGUGCUGCCCGCGGGGAUGAUCAACCCCUCGGUGCCGAUCCGCAACAUCCGGAUGAAAUUCGCCGUGCUCAUCGGACUCAUACAGGUCGGCGAGGUCAGCAACAGGGACAUCGUGGAGACCGUGCUCAACCUGCUGGUUGGUGGGGAAUUUGAUUUGGAGAUGAAUUUUAUUAUCCAAGAUGCGGAGAGCAUAACGUGCAUGACAGAGCUUUUGGAGCACUGUGAUGUAACAUGUCAAGCAGAAAUAUGGAGCAUGUUUACAGCCAUCCUACGAAAAAGUGUUCGGAAUUUGCAGACCAGCACAGAGGUGGGGCUGAUUGAGCAAGUAUUGCUGAAAAUGAGUGCCGUAGAUGACAUGAUAGCAGAUCUUCUAGUUGAUAUGCUCGGGGUUCUUGCCAGCUACAGCAUCACUGUCAAGGAACUGAAGCUUUUAUUCAGCAUGCUUCGAGGAGAAAGUGGAAUCUGGCCAAGGCAUGCAGUGAAAUUAUUGUCAGUUCUUAAUCAGAUGCCACAAAGACAUGGUCCUGAUACAUUUUUCAAUUUCCCUGGGUGUAGUGCUGCGGCAAUUGCAUUGCCUCCUAUUGCAAAGUGGCCUUACCAGAAUGGCUUCACUCUCAACACUUGGUUUCGUAUGGAUCCACUGAAUAACAUUAAUGUUGAUAAGGAUAAACCUUAUCUUUAUUGUUUUCGUACUAGCAAAGGAGUUGGUUACUCUGCUCAUUUUGUUGGCAACUGUUUGAUAGUCACAUCUCUGAAGUCCAAAGGAAAAGGUUUCCAGCACUGUGUGAAGUAUGAUUUCCAACCUCGCAAGUGGUACAUGAUCAGCAUUGUCCACAUCUACAACCGAUGGAGGAACAGUGAGAUCCGUUGUUAUGUCAAUGGCCAGCUGGUAUCUUACGGUGACAUGGCUUGGCAUGUAAACACAAACGAUAGCUAUGACAAGUGCUUUCUUGGAUCUUCAGAAACUGCUGAUGCCAAUAGGGUAUUCUGUGGCCAGCUUGGGGCCGUGUAUGUGUUCAGUGAAGCUCUUAACCCGGCACAGAUAUUUGCAGUUCAUCAAUUAGGACCUGGUUAUAAGAGUACCUUCAAGUUUAAGUCUGAGAGUGAUAUUCAUUUGGCAGAACAUCACAAACAAGUUCUGUAUGAUGGAAAACUUGCGAGUAGUAUUGCCUUUUCAUACAAUGCCAAGGCCACUGAUGCUCAGCUUUGCUUGGAGUCCUCACCAAAGGAAAAUGCUUCCAUAUUUGUGCAUUCUCCACAUGCGCUGAUGCUCCAGGAUGUGAAAGCUAUAGUAACACAUUCAAUCCAUAGUGCAAUCCAUUCAAUUGGAGGGAUUCAAGUACUUUUCCCACUUUUUGCCCAACUGGACAAUCGACAGCUCAAUGAUAGUCAAGUGGAAACAACUGUCUGUGCUACUCUUUUGGCAUUCCUCGUUGAACUACUUAAAAGUUCAGUAGCCAUGCAAGAACAGAUGCUGGGUGGAAAAGGCUUCUUAGUCAUUGGCUACUUGCUUGAAAAGUCAUCAAGAGUUCACAUAACCAGAGCUGUCUUGGAGCAGUUUUUAUCCUUUGCAAAAUACCUCGAUGGCUUAUCUCAUGGAGCACCAUUACUGAAGCAGCUUUGUGACCACAUUUUAUUCAACCCAGCCAUCUGGAUACACACGCCUGCAAAGGUUCAACUUUCCUUAUAUACCUACUUGUCUGCUGAGUUUAUUGGAACUGCUACCAUCUAUACCACCAUACGAAGAGUUGGAACAGUAUUGCAGUUAAUGCACACAUUAAAAUAUUACUACUGGGUCAUUAAUCCUGCUGACAGCAGUGGUAUUACACCUAAAGGAUUAGAUGGUCCCCGACCAUCACAGAAGGAGAUCAUAUCACUUCGGGCUUUUAUGCUGCUUUUUCUGAAACAGCUCAUAUUAAAGGAUCGGGGCGUGAAAGAAGAUGAACUUCAGAGUAUAUUAAAUUAUUUACUUACAAUGCAUGAGGAUGAAAAUAUUCAUGAUGUAUUACAGUUAUUAGUGGCUUUAAUGUCAGAACACCCAGCCUCAAUGAUACCAGCAUUUGAUCAAAGAAAUGGAAUAAGGGUCAUCUACAAAUUAUUGGCUUCUAAAAGUGAAAGUAUCUGGGUACAAGCACUGAAAGUUCUGGGAUAUUUUUUGAAGCAUUUAGGUCACAAGCGAAAAGUUGAAAUUAUGCAUACUCACAGUCUCUUCACUCUUCUUGGAGAAAGACUGAUGCUGCAUACAAACACUGUUACUGUCACCACAUACAACACACUUUACGAGAUCUUAACAGAGCAAGUGUGUACUCAAGUUGUGCAUAAACCACACCCGGAGCCAGACUCUACAGUGAAAAUUCAGAACCCAAUGAUUCUUAAGGUGGUGGCAACUUUGUUAAAAAACUCCACACCAAGUGCAGAAUUGAUGGAAGUUCGUCGGUUGUUUUUAUCUGACAUGAUUAAGCUUUUCAGUAACAGCCGUGAAAACAGAAGAUGCUUACUGCAAUGUUCAGUGUGGCAGGAUUGGAUGUUUUCUCUUGGCUAUAUCAAUCCAAAAAGUUCUGAGGAACAGAAGAUUACUGAAAUGGUCUACAACAUCUUCCGGAUUCUUUUGUAUCAUGCAAUAAAAUAUGAAUGGGGAGGCUGGAGAGUCUGGGUGGACACACUCUCAAUAGCCCAUUCCAAGGUUACUUACGAAGCACACAAAGAAUAUCUGGCCAAAAUGUAUGAGGAAUACCAACGACAAGAGGAGGAGAACAUUAAGAAGGGAAAGAAAGGAAAUGUGAGCACUAUCUCUGGUCUUUCAUCACAGACAACCGGAGCAAAAGGAGGAAUGGAAAUCCGGGAAAUAGAAGACCUUUCCCAAAGCCAGAGCCCUGAGAGUGAGACAGACUACCCAGUUAGCACAGAUGCACGAGACUUGCUCAUGUCAACCAAAGUGUCAGAUGAUAUUCUUGGAAGUUCCGAUAGACCUGGCAGUGGAGUGCAUGUGGAAGUGCAUGAUCUGCUAGUUGAUAUCAAAGCAGAGAAAGUGGAAGCAACAGAAGUAAAACUGGAUGAUAUGGAUUUAUCACCAGAGACGUUGGUGGGUGGGGAGAAUGGUGCCCUCGUGGAAGUGGAGUCCUUGUUGGAUAAUGUAUACAGUGCUGCUGUUGAGAAACUCCAGAACAAUGUGCAUGGAAGUGUGGGUAUCAUUAAAAAAAAUGAAGAGAAGGACAAUGGUCCAUUGAUUACACUAGCAGAUGAGAAGGAGGAGCUUCCUAAUACUAGCACAUCCUUCCUCUUUGAUAAAAUACCGAAACAGGAAGAGAAACUGCUUCCAGAACUUUCUAGCAAUCACAUCAUCUCGAAUAUUCAAGACACCCAAGUACAUCUUGGUGUCAGCGAUGAUCUUGGAUUGCUUGCUCACAUGACUGCAAGUGUAGACUUAACUUGCACAUCAGGCAUAAUAGAAGAGAAAGACUUCAGAAUCCAUACAACUUCAGAUGGAGUGAGCAGUGUCUCUGAAAGAGACUUGGCGUCUUCAGUUAAGGGAUUAGACUAUGCUGAAAUGACUGCUACAACUCUGGAAACAGAGUCUUCCAAUAGCAAAAUUGUACCAAAUAUUGAUGCGGGAAGUAUAAUUUCAGACACUGAGCGAUCUGAUGAUGGCAAAGAAUCAGGAAAGGAAAUCCGAAAAAUCCAGACAACUACUACAACACAAGCUGUUCAGGGCCGGUCUGUUACCCAACAAGACCGAGACCUCAGAGUUGAUUUAGGAUUUCGAGGAAUGCCAAUGACUGAGGAACAGCGGCGUCAGUUCAGCCCUGGCCCCCGGACUACCAUGUUCCGGAUUCCGGAGUUUAAGUGGUCUCCAAUGCACCAGCGGCUUCUCACUGACCUGUUGUUUGCGUUAGAGACAGAUGUGCAUGUGUGGAGAAGCCAUUCUACAAAGUCUGUAAUGGAUUUUGUCAACAGCAAUGAAAACAUUAUUUUUGUACAUAACACAAUUCACCUCAUUUCCCAAAUGGUAGACAACAUCAUCAUUGCCUGUGGAGGAAUUUUACCUUUGCUCUCAGCAGCUACAUCACCAACUGGUUCUAAGACUGAAUUGGAAAACAUUGAAGUGACACAAGGCAUGUCAGCAGAGACAGCAGUGACGUUCCUCAGCCGCCUCAUGGCUAUGGUUGAUGUCCUUGUGUUUGCCAGCUCUCUCAAUUUUAGUGAGAUUGAAGCUGAAAAAAACAUGUCUUCUGGAGGAUUAAUGAGACAGUGCCUACGGCUAGUUUGUUGUGUAGCUGUGAGAAACUGUUUAGAAUGUCGACAGAGACAGAGAGACAGGGGAAACAAAUCUUCCCAUGGAAGCAGUAAACCUCAGGAAGCUCCCCAAAGUGUGACUGCCACAGCAGCAUCCAAGACUCCCUUAGAAACUGUUCCAGGUAACCUUUCUCCUAUCAAGGAUCCGGAUAGACUUCUUCAGGACGUUGACAUCAAUCGUCUUCGUGCUGUUGUCUUUCGAGAUGUGGAUGAUAGCAAGCAGGCACAGUUCUUAGCUCUGGCUGUUGUUUACUUCAUCUCUGUUCUGAUGGUAUCUAAGUAUCGGGACAUAUUAGAACCCCAGAGAGAGACUGCGAGAACUGGGAGCCAACCAGGUAGAAACAUCAGACAAGAAAUCAAUUCUCCAACAAGUACAGUUGUGGUCAUACCAUCUAUCCCUCAUCCAAGUUUGAAUCAUGGACUCCUUGCCAAGCUAAUGCCUGAGCAGAGUUUUACCCACUCAUUUUACAAAGAAACACCUGCUACCUUUCCAGACACUGUAAAGGAAAAGGAAACACCAACCCCUGGUGAAGAUAUUCAGCUAGAAAGUUCAGUUCCUCACACAGAUUCUGGAAUGGGAGAGGAGCAAGUGGCUAACAUUCUGGAUGGGGCAGAACUAGAAACAGCUGCAGGUCCUGAUGCAAUGAGUGAACUUUUAUCCACAUUGUCAUCUGAAGUAAAGAAAUCACAAGAGAGCUUAACUGAACAUCCCAGUGAAAUGCUGAAACCUGCACCAUCCAUAUCUAGCAUUAGUCAAACCAAAGGCAUUAAUGUCAAGGAGAUACUGAAAAGUCUUGUGGCUGCCCCAGUUGAGAUUGCUGAGUGUGGCCCUGAGCCUAUUCCGUAUACAGAUCCAGCACUGAAGAGAGAAGCGCAAGCUAUUCUUCCUAUGCAGUUUCAUUCCUUUGACAGGAGUGUGGUGGUGCCUGUAAAGAAACCACCUCCAGGUAGUCUAGCUGUCACUACUGUGGGAGCCACUGCUGCAGGAAGUGGGCUGCCAACAGGCAGUACCUCAAGUAUAUUUGCUGCCCCUGGAGCUACACCAAAAAGUAUGAUUAACACGACAGGUGCUGUGGAUUCAGGGUCCUCCUCCUCUUCCUCCUCUUCUAGUUUUGUGAAUGGUGCUACCAGCAAAAAUCUUCCAGCUGUGCAAACUGUAGCCCCAAUGCCAGAGGAUUCAGCUGAGAACAUGAGCAUCACUGCAAAACUUGAAAGAGCUUUAGAAAAAGUUGCUCCUCUUCUUCGUGAAAUUUUUGUAGACUUUGCCCCAUUCCUAUCUCGUACACUUCUGGGCAGUCAUGGACAAGAGCUAUUGAUAGAAGGCCUUGUGUGUAUGAAGUCCAGCACGUCCGUGGUGGAGCUUGUCAUGCUGCUUUGUUCUCAGGAAUGGCAAAAUUCCAUCCAGAAGAAUGCGGGCCUUGCAUUUAUUGAACUCAUCAAUGAAGGAAGAUUGCUGUGCCAUGCUAUGAAGGACCACAUAGUUCGUGUUGCUAAUGAAGCUGAGUUCAUCUUGAACAGACAGAGAGCAGAGGAUGUACAUAAGCAUGCAGAGUUUGAGUCACAGUGUGCACAGUAUGCUGCUGACAGGAGAGAGGAGGAGAAGAUGUGUGACCACCUCAUCAGUGCGGCCAAGCACCGUGACCAUGUGACAGCGAACCAGCUGAAGCAGAAGAUUCUCAACAUCCUCACCAACAAGCACGGUGCCUGGGGGGCUGUCUCACACAGUCAACUGCAUGAUUUCUGGCGUCUGGAUUACUGGGAGGAUGACCUUCGUCGAAGGAGAAGAUUCGUUCGAAAUGCCUUUGGCUCCACGCAUGCAGAAGCACUGCUCAAAUCUGCAAUAGAGUAUGGCACUGAAGAAGAUGUAGUGAAGUCCAAGAAAGCAUUCAGAAGCCAAGCAAUCGUAAACCAGAACUCAGAGACUGAGCUUAUGUUGGAAGGAGAUGAUGACGCGGUCAGUCUGCUCCAGGAGAAAGAAAUCGACAACCUUGCAGUUCCCUUUCUUCCCAAGCUGUUCAUCUCAAGAGGCCCUGUGGUCCUCAGCACCCCUGCCCAGCUCAUCGCCCCGGUAGUGGUGGCCAAAGGAACUCUCUCCAUCACCACGACAGAAAUCUACUUUGAGGUAGAUGAAGAUGAUGCUGCCUUCAAGAAGAUCGACACAAAAGUUCUUGCAUACACCGAGGGACUUCAUGGGAAAUGGAUGUUCAGUGAGAUCCGAGCUGUGUUUUCCAGACGCUACCUUCUGCAGAACACGGCGUUGGAAGUGUUCAUGGCAAACAGAACCUCUGUGAUGUUUAAUUUUCCUGACCAAGCAACGGUUAAAAAAGUUGUCUACAGCCUGCCUCGGGUUGGAGUGGGGACCAGCUAUGGUUUGCCACAAGCCAGGAGGAUAUCAUUGGCCACUCCUCGACAGCUUUAUAAAUCUUCCAACAUGACUCAGCGCUGGCAGAGAAGAGAGAUCUCCAACUUUGAGUAUUUGAUGUUUCUCAACACUAUAGCAGGACGGACAUAUAAUGAUCUGAACCAAUAUCCCGUGUUUCCAUGGGUGUUAACAAACUAUGAAUCAGAAGAACUGGACCUGACUCUUCCAGGAAACUUCAGGGACCUGUCAAAGCCAAUUGGUGCUUUGAACCCCAAGAGAGCAGUGUUUUACGCAGAGCGUUAUGAGACAUGGGAAGAUGAUCAAAGCCCUCCCUACCACUAUAAUACACAUUACUCAACAGCAACUUCGGCUCUAUCGUGGCUUGUUCGAAUUGAGCCAUUCACAACCUUCUUCCUCAAUGCAAAUGAUGGGAAAUUUGACCAUCCGGACCGAACAUUCUCAUCCAUUGCAAGGUCGUGGAGAACUAGUCAGAGAGAUACCUCUGAUGUCAAGGAACUAAUUCCAGAGUUCUACUACCUACCAGAGAUGUUUGUCAACAGCAAUGGGUACCAGCUGGGUGUCAGGGAGGACGAAGUGGUGGUGAAUGAUGUGGACCUUCCCCCAUGGGCCAAGAAGCCUGAAGACUUUGUGCGGAUCAACAGGAUGGCCCUGGAAAGUGAAUUUGUUUCUUGCCAACUCCAUCAGUGGAUCGACCUUAUAUUUGGCUACAAACAGAGAGGGCCGGAGGCAGUCCGUGCUCUGAACGUUUUCCACUAUUUGACCUACGAAGGCUCUGUGAACCUGGACAGCAUCACGGAUCCUGUGCUCCGGGAGGCCAUGGAAGCACAGAUACAGAAUUUUGGACAGACGCCAUCUCAGUUGCUCAUUGAGCCACAUCCGCCUCGGAGCUCAGCCAUGCACCUGUGUUUCCUUCCACAGAGCCCGCUCAUGUUUAAAGAUCAGAUGCAGCAGGAUGUGAUAAUGGUGCUGAAGUUCCCGUCCAAUUCUCCUGUGACCCAUGUGGCUGCCAACACUCUGCCCCACCUGACUAUACCUGCAGUGGUGACAGUGACCUGCAGCCGACUGUUUGCUGUGAACAGGUGGCACAACACAGUAGGCCUCAGAGGAGCCCCAGGAUACUCCUUGGAUCAAGCACAUCAUCUUCCCAUUGAGAUGGAUCCAUUAAUUGCAAAUAAUUCUGGUGUGAACAAACGGCAGAUCACAGACCUUGUGGACCAGAGCAUCCAGAUCAACGCCCACUGCUUUGUCGUCACAGCAGAUAAUCGCUACAUUCUCAUCUGUGGGUUUUGGGAUAAGAGUUUCAGAGUUUACUCUACAGAAACAGGGAAACUGACGCAGAUUGUAUUUGGCCACUGGGAUGUGGUCACGUGCCUGGCCAGGUCCGAGUCCUACAUUGGUGGGGACUGCUACAUUGUGUCUGGAUCUCGGGAUGCCACCUUGCUUCUCUGGUAUUGGAGUGGGAGGCACCACAUCAUAGGAGACAACCCCAAUAGCAGUGACUAUCCUGCACCCAGAGCUGUCCUCACAGGCCAUGACCAUGAAGUUGUCUGUGUCUCCGUCUGUGCGGAACUCGGACUCGUUAUCAGUGGUGCUAAAGAGGGCCCUUGCCUUGUCCAUACCAUCACUGGAGACCUACUGAGAGCCCUAGAAGGGCCAGAAAACUGCUUGUUCCCACGCCUAAUUUCUGUAUCCAGUGAAGGCCACUGCAUCAUUUACUAUGAGCGGGGACGGUUUAGCAACUUCAGCAUCAAUGGAAAACUUUUGGCUCAAAUGGAAAUCAAUGAUUCCACUCGGGCUAUUCUCCUGAGCAGCGAUGGACAGAACUUGGUGACUGGAGGGGACAAUGGUGUGGUGGAGGUCUGGCAGGCCUGUGACUUCAAGCAGCUGUACAUUUACCCUGGAUGUGAUGCUGGCAUUAGAGCAAUGGACUUAUCCCAUGACCAAAGGACUCUGAUCACCGGCAUGGCUUCCGGCAGCAUUGUAGCUUUUAACAUAGAUUUUAAUCGGUGGCAUUAUGAGCAUCAGAACAGGUACUGAAGAGAAGCUGCAGAAGCCUUGUUCAAGUGAGAGCACAGUCUCUGUGGAAAGGCAGUCUCUCUGUGGGGAUGUCGUCCCAUCGGAGGUUUGUACAUCCAUCCCAUCUAGCAGUCGCCGAGCAUCAUAAUCAGGACCAUUUCACCCCGUUUUUCCAGGACUGAACACCAGCUGCUGUCAAGCAAGCUCAUAUCAUGUAAAUUACCUGAAUUAGGAGACGUUUUGGUAAUUAUUUCAUAUAUUGUCGUUUAUUGAGAAAGGUUGUAGGAAGCCUCACAAGAGACUUUUGACAAUUCUGAGGAACCUUGUGUCCAGUUGUUACAAGGUCUAAGCUUUGAACCUAACCUGCAUCCCAUUUCCAGCCUCUUUUCAAGCUGAGAAAAACAAAACCCACGUUUGAUACUUUGUACAUCAUAUGCAUCUUAUUUAAAGGGAUACUUUUGUAAAAGUGAAACCUUGUAUAAAGAAAGAGCAGCCUUUGUUAAUUUACUGUGGAGUUACAACCUGCAUGCUCCCUACUCCCCACCUUUUGAUGGAACUGGUGCAUUCAAGAUAGGAAAUGGAAAAGACGCAGCUAAAGGGUUGAAUUUGGGCUCAAUCAGUAAUUUUGACACUUUAACCAAAAUAUCAUUUGCACUUUUUUUUUUCUAAAUUCAUCCCUUCUAAGUGAAGUUUGCUCAUAUAGCAUUUGGAUACUAAGCCAUUAUUUGCCAUUAUUGGUAGUUUAUACAAAGAAAAUUCAGCCCUGCCCUUUAGGACCUGAAGAUGCAGCAGACAGGGAGCCUGGGGAUGAGGGCCUGGUUUCUACUGUGUGGAGUGGGAGUCCUGAUCAUUAGUCCCAUUGCAUCAACUUCCAGCACCUGGACAUCACUCCCCUGGUGUCAGCCCACUGGCUCUGUCUCCAUGUCCAGGGAGGAUGAGGAUGCUAACAUUUCCCCCUCCUUGGUUCUCAAAUAGCUUAGUUUAAUAAUGAGUCAGACUUUAUUACAACAAUAACUGAACUUAUCCCUUCGUUCCUUGUGAGAUUCUCUCCUAAAGGACAUUCCUAGCCUAAGGCACUUCAUCUUUUACAGUAUAAAAUGAUGGCUCUCUAAUGGUUUUUCCAUCCAUUGUCCCGAUGCAGCCAUCACCCAGGGGUCUAUACAUUUUCUUCAUGUUUCUUCUUUGUAUAUUUGGUGACUGUAUUGUCAUAGAUGUACAUAUCGUGUCGGUAGGGCUAUGAGGCAUGUUACAGGAAUGAAAUUUUCUCAGAAUUUCACUCACUUGCAGUCAUUUAUUUCAAAAGAUAAAACAGGAUAAUGGGUUCUUUGUAUUGGCACUUUGCACCAGACACAUAUCAUUAUUUAUUGCUGUGAUUACUUAUUUGUCAUCCACCUUGUACUAGAAAGUUUUAGCACUGAAUUAUUCCUUCUUCACUGUUGUUUGUAUUUAUGAAAUUCUGAAAUUAUGGGGAAUCAGUGUACUGAUUACGUUAUUCAUCACCAGGCUGUGAGCAAUAUCUUGAGUUUGUAGCUUAGAAUUGGGAAGGCUCCGAACAUCUGGAAGACAAGGUCAUUUCAUCUUGAGAUCAUGGUGAAAUAUUUUGGAUAUAUAAAUUCCUUAAGCUAUUGUAACCAUGUUUUAUUGCAAAGAUGUAAAAUAUGCCAGAUGUGUGUGAGUUGGAAAUCAAAAAAAGAAAAAUAAAAUAUGCAAAGAAUUCA